CUUUGCUUCACUGGUUGCCGCAUUGUAUUGUCGCUGAGAGGCCCGAGUCUGCUCACCAUAAAAAUCCCCUGAGGCGACGCAUUAUCUGUCCUUCAAACUGCUCAUCUUCUUUUUUGCAACACCUUCUCUAUUCUCUUUCCUUUCCCUGCGCAUUCAUACCCCGUCACUAAUUUUGAUCCAUCAUAAUGCGCACCUUCGCUUCCCUGGCUGCGGCCAGCCUUGCCCUCGCUAGGCUUGUAUCAGCAAGCGACGUUCACGACCUCAAGACCGACAACUUCAAAGACUUUGUCUCCGAGCACGAUCUAGUUCUCGCAGAGUUCUUUGCCCCUUGGUGUGGCCAUUGCAAGGCCCUCGCCCCAGAAUACGAGGAGGCCGCCACAACACUGAAAGAGAAGAACAUUCCUUUGGUCAAGGUUGACUGCACUGCCGAAGGAGAGCUGUGCAAGGACUAUGGCGUUGAAGGCUAUCCUACUGUCAAAGUCUUCCGCGGCCUUGAAAACAUCAAGCCAUACCCCGGCGCGAGGAAAGCCCCUGCAAUCGUCUCAUACAUGACCAAGCAGCAACUACCCGCGGUAUCUCUUCUCACCUCUGACACACUCGAGGAGUUCAAGACCACCGACAAGGUCGUUGUGGUAGCUUACAUUUCCGCUGACGACAAAACGUCAAACCAAACCUAUACCGCACUCGCCGAGUCUCUGAGAGACGAAUACAUCUUUGGCGCCGUCAACGACGCUGCCGUCGCGAAGGCCGAGGGUGUCAAGCAACCAGCAGUAGUCCUGUACAAGGACUUUGACGAAGGAAAGAAUACCUUUAGUGAGACUUUUGAAGAGGAGGCCAUCACCAAAUUCAUCAAGACUGCAUCGACACCCUUGGUCGGUGAGGUUGGCCCAGAAACAUAUGCUGGCUACAUGGCAGCCGGUAUCCCUCUCGCCUACAUCUUCGCCGAAACUCCUGAAGAACGUACUUCCCUGGCCGAAACCCUGAGACCAGUGGCCGAGAAAUACAAGGGCAAGAUCAACUUUGCAACCAUCGACGCGAAGGCUUUCGGCGCCCACGCUGGCAACCUCAACCUGCCCACCGACAAGUUCCCAUCCUUCGCGAUCCAGGAGACUGUGAAGAAUGAAAAAUACCCCUUCGAAGGCACCUCUCUUACCGAGAAGAAGAUUGGUGCAUUCGUCAAGGACUUUGUCAACGGCAAGAUUGAACCCAGCAUCAAGUCCGAGCCAAUCCCCGACAAGCAAGAAGGUCCGGUCCAGGUUGUGGUCGCUCACACCUACAAGGAUAUCGUUCUGGACGACUCCAAGGACGUUCUCGUUGAAUUCUAUGCCCCAUGGUGUGGACACUGCAAAGCUCUGGCUCCUACCUACGAGAAGUUGGCCGAGCUGUAUUCUUCUUCCGAUCUUUCUUCCAAGGUCACUGUCGCCAAGAUCGAUGCUACUCAGAACGAUGUGCCCGAUGAGAUUGCCGGCUUCCCCACCAUCAAGCUCUACCCAGCUGGUGCCAAGGACUCCCCAGUCGACUAUUCUGGAUCGCGAACCCUUGAGGACCUUGCAGCUUUCAUCCGCGAUAGCGGAAAGCACGGCGUUGACGGACUGGCCGCCAAGAGCGACGACGAGGAUGCGAUGGAAGGUGUUUCGUCUGCCGCCAGCGACACGAUGGCCAAGGCUGCUCCGGCAGCAACGACUGUCGCCGAAGAAGCUGGUUCUGGUGUGAAGGAAGCCGUCAAGAGCGCUGUCAGCGAAGCAGUUGACGCCGCUAAGACCAUUGUGGCCGAUACUGAUGACGGUGGUCCUCAGGAACAUGACGAAUUGUAAAACCACUACGGAGUAGAAUGAAAUUAACUACAGAGUCUCCAAAAAAAUUAAAGAAACCUGAGUUAUGUACCAUAUCAAAUUCACCGAGACUCGAUACCACCGCAGCAAUGAAUAACCACACGAGAAGGCUCCUACCGGAUAGGCAGUUUUUAUCUAAAUCAUGAAGACUUUUUUU